UACUGACUGAAGUGUCCAUUUGAGCUUAUUGGAAUAUUUAGGCUACUUCUGCUGCGAUUUAUAUUUUCUGUUAAAGUCAUUUCUUAACUUAUUUAUUAGCUCACAUAUUAUAUACAAUUUAAUUACUAAAUUAACUAUAAUAUCUGUUAACUUGUUUAAAUACUAAGGUUGUAAAAUCUGCCGAAUAUUAACUUCUCUUCUUCAAAAAUAAAACAAUAUGUCUGCUGAUUCGCAUACUGACCACACUAUUCAAGAUGAAGACAUUCACGACAGCACUUAUCAGCCUCCACCAGAAAAAACUAUUGAGGAAAUAAUGUCUGUUGACAAAGAAGAUGAAAGUUUACGCCGAUAUAAAGAAGCUUUAUUGGGGGCUGCACAAGCUGAAAAAAUUAUUGUCGAUGCUAAUGAUCAGCGGAAAGUGAUCGUUAAGAAAUUGGCAUUGGUUGUUGAAGGGCGUGAUGAUAUGGAACUGGAUUUGACUGGUGAUUUAAGUCAACUAAAAAAACAGGUAUUCGUUAUCAAAGAGGGAGUUCAUUAUAAAGUGCGCAUAGACUUUAUUGUUCAAAGAGAAAUCGUUCAUGGCCUUAAAUAUGUACAAAAGACUUAUAGGUUGGGUGUACCAGUUGUUGUUGAUAAGAUGACUCAUAUGGUAGGCUCAUAUCCACCAAAAAAGGAAAUUCAAUUCUAUUUAACCCCAUCUGAAGAAGCUCCAUCAGGGAUGAUGGCACGUGGUACAUAUUCAGUGGCAUCCCUGUUCACCGACGACGACAAGCAUAUACACCUCAAGUGGGAUUGGACUUUUGAAAUCAAAAAAGAUUGGGAGUAAAACAAGGCCGAAAAAUGUAAUUAUCAUAAUCUAAUCAGGUCAAAAGUCAAUGAUAUAUUUUAGUUGAAAUGUUCUUCUAACUUCAUGUUCUAAAGAAAUUAUUAUAUUACGCUACCUCUACAAAACAUUUUCCUUAAUUUAAGAAAAAAAAUUAAAGCGAACACUACAAAAAGUAUUUUGAAAUGUGUAUUUAAAAAAUAAUGAUUAUCAUUUAGUUUGUCGCCAGUCUUGUAUCAAAUUUCGUUUAAAUUGUAAAUGUCCAACAAUAAAAAUAUAUGUUUAUUUCUUUAACAAGCAAUAUUAGGAAGUAUUUAUGAAAUACCUCUUAUUUCAUUGUUAGUUAAUUCAUCAAUUUGAAUUAAGACAAUAACUUUUAUAGUAUAUAUUUCUAAAAAGGCUUGGAGUUCUGUUAAUAAAGUCAACAUUAAAAAUCAUAAAUUAUCAUUUGUAAAUGAAUAUUCUGUAUCGAUAUGCAUGCACACACAUUAUCUAACUUUUAUUUAUUGCUUCCUCUAGUAUGAUAUUGAAAGCCAAACUUCAAUUGGGAAGAUAUAAAAUAGUUUGCCAUAAAAGAACUGUGGAUUUAAAAAUAAGGAUUAAUUUUUUUUGUGAGAGUCUUGAUACAUACAUACAUACAAAUGUAUGUGAUGUAUAUCAUAUAUAAUUAAUAUCUACAUACACAAAUCCAAAACAAUGUUGAAAAACUUGAAAUAAUAACUGGAAAAGGCAAAUAAAUUCUAACUUAUUAAAGCAAUGCUCAUUGUAGCAAACUUAAAUCAAUGGGAAAUCUGUGCUGAUAAUUUAAAAAAACAUUUAAAAAUGUGUGCAUUAAUUAAUAACAUCAAAAAUUAUUGUCU